UCUCUUUGUUUUUAUUUGCAGGUAGUGAAGAACAUGAUCAAUAAAAAUGGAAGGAAGACACCAUUUACCAACAACAGGCCAGGUGACAAAAUGGUUUGUGAGAUUUCUCACCAGAAAUCCGAGGCUUGUCUUCUGGAAAUCCCAACCGAUAGGCAAGGAGAGGGCCAUUGUUACCCCUGGCCGAAUCAAUCGAUGGUUCAAAGAAUCAGAGGCCUACAUGUAUCUGGAGGAAGUGGGGGCCAUGAGCAUCCUCUUUGAAGGAAGGCGGAUGUUCAAUGGCGAUGAAAGUGGCUUCCCACUUGGCAGGCGCAAGGGGACCAGAGUUCUUGCAGAGAAGGGAUCGAAAAUCGUCCACGAGGUGAGGAACUCCGACAAGACGCAGAUCACCGUCUUGGCAACAAUGAACGUGUCGGAGAUUUCCUCCCUCCUGUCAUUAUCGUUCCAGGUAAACUGACAGAGGCUUGUGGGCGGUAUACGACGGACGUACC